GGAUCUCGAAGCGAGAGUUCAGUUUUGCUCAGUUGUCAGUCUCAACUGGAUUGCCCCACUCAAUCAAUUUUAUUCCUUCACACAAUUUUCCGCAAAGACCCUCGUCUUUGCGUGCCACGGGACAUUUUUACACUUUGAAAAUUAUUUUCAACGGUAGAAAAAUCUAUUCUCUGGGUGUGGGCGUUCCCUGACACGGUACAGCUCUUACCCCAUUGAAACAGAUUGAUUUUUUAUUAUUUUUGAAUUGGCAAUUCAAUUUAUUAUCAAGAAUUGAAUCAUGUUCACCAUCAUGACGUAUCGCGCUGCGCAACAGCCUGCCCCAUGGCCGGACCAAUGCAGUCAUCAUGCUCGACCCAUCCGAGAAAUUACGACCGGAGGCCGUGUAUGCGGCAAAAUCGGAGAGUCAGUUCAGAGAUUUCUCCGAAGACCCCAGCGACCCAAUUAAAGAGAGGGUCAGAAAGACAUAUCAAAAGAUGCACACAUACCAGACCGUCGAUUUUGUUCGUUCUCGGAUGGAUUACUGGCUGAAGUUUGAUAAAUUCAGGAUGACUAUUAAAGAGGCACUGAAUAAGUUGAACGAUCUUGUUGACGAGAGUGAUCCUGAUACAUCGAUGCCAAAUAUUUAUCACGCAUUCCAGACUGCUGAAUCAAUUCGAAAGGCUCAUCCAGAUUUGGAUUGGUUCCAUCUCACCGGUCUUAUUCAUGACCUUGGAAAGGUGAUGGCCUUUUAUGGAGAACCUCAGUGGGCAGUAGUUGGAGAUACUUUUCCGGUUGGUUGUGCCUGGGCAGACUCCAUUGUUUAUCGUGAUACCAGCUUUGAUGAUAAUGUCGAUGGCCAAGAUAAACGAUACAACACUAAAUAUGGCAUUUACAAACCCAAGUGUGGAAUGAACAAUUUGAUAAUGUCAUGGGGUCACGACGAGUACCUCUACCAAGUACUCAUCCACAACAAAACAACUCUUCCCAAGGAAAGUCUGGCAAUGAUUCGUUUUCAUUCGUUCUACCCCUGGCACGCAGGUGGAGAUUACUCUUAUUUCUGCACAGAUGAAGACAAAAAUAAUUUAAAAUGGAUUAGAGAAAUGAAUGUACAUGAUCUUUACACCAAAAGCGAGAACCUUCCAAAUAUUGAGGAGCUAUGGCCUUACUACGAACAACUUAUCGCCAAAUAUAUCCCAGGAAAUCUCGAAUGGUAAAGAUCGAGAUCCUCCAUUCGAAGAUUUGGCUCUCCAUCUGCGAAUACUCAGGAAAUCUCAAGACUUUAGUUUUUGUAAAAUUAGAUCAACAUCUGAAAUUAAAAAUUAAAAAAAAAAUCUCUUACGCCUAA